CAGAGGGAGAAUGUUGACAGCAAAUUUCCCAUGUUGAGAAUGAGAGAGAAAAUGGUCUUCUGUGCCGUUAUGGCUGAGAGAUGUUGGAUAAGCAAAGGAGGAGGCUAUCACUUUGCUUAAGGAUCGAGAACGAGAGGGCACAGAUUUUAAAGUGAUUCGCAAGAGAAGCAGAUGUGGCGUGAGAAAAAACUUUGUCUUGCAACAAGGAGUUCGGGCCUGUAAUGUGCUGCUUGGAAGUAUGGGGGAGGCAGGUUCAAUCGAAGCAUUCAAGAGCCUAAUGUGCACAGCCUAACAGGUUUUAGCUGACUGAGGACAUAAGUACUGACAGAUGAUCAGUGGAAAAAUACAGCCGAGAAAGAUCACUUAAACUCAUUUUAAAGGUUCACGAAGGCAACAAGCUUGGAAAUUGACUGGCGAUGAAUGAAGCCAAUGAAAUAAAGGGACCCUAUGACUAUGAUCUGAUCGUCAUUGGAGGAGGCUCUGGGGGACUUGCUGCUUCCAAGGAAGCUGCCAAAUAUGGGAAGAAAGUACUGGUCUUGGAUUAUGUUACGCCCACACCUCUCGGGACUACAUGGGGUCUUGGAGGGACAUGUGUCAAUGUGGGUUGUAUCCCAAAAAAGCUGAUGCAUCAAGCUGCAAGUCUACACCAAAGUCUACAGGAUGCCAGGAAGUUUGGCUGGAUGUUUGAUGAACAAGUUAGUCAUGACUGGACAACUAUGAAAGAUGCGGUUAAGGAUUACAUAGGCUCCUUGAACUGGGGCUACAGAGUUGCUUUAAGAGACAAAGGUGUUACCUAUGUGAAUGCUUAUGGAGAAUUUGUUGGACCUCACAAGAUCAAGGCAACAAAUAAAAAAGGGAAAGAAACAUUUUACACUGCAGAAACAUUCAUAUUGGCCACUGGAGAAAGGCCUCGGUACCUGGGAAUUCCGGGUGAUAAGGAGCAUUGCAUCACCAGUGACGAUCUAUUCUCGCUCCCCUACUGUCCUGGGAAAACCUUGGUGGUCGGAGCUUCCUACGUUGCCCUGGAGUGCGCCGGGUUUCUCGCGGGACUGGGGCUGGAUGUGACUGUGAUGGUUCGCUCCAUCCUGCUCCGGGGGUUUGACCAACAAAUGGCAAACCUGGUUGGAGACUACCUAGAGUCCCAUGGGGUCAAAAUCAUUCGGCAGUUUGUACCAUCUAAGAUCGAACAAAUUGAACCAGGAACUCCAGGGAAGUUGAAAGUAACAGCUCAAUCUACUGAUGGAUCUGGGAAAAUGGAAGAGGAAUAUAACACAGUGUUACUGGCAGUUGGGAGGGAUGCCAACACCAAAAAUAUCGGUUUGGAGAAAGUGGGAGUAAAUAUCAAUGAAAAGUCUGGUAAGAUUCCCGUCAAUGACUUGGAACAAACAAAUGUACCCAACAUUUAUGCCAUUGGAGACAUUCUAGAUGGCAAAUUGGAACUCACACCUGUGGCGAUCCAGGCUGGUCGCUUACUUGCCGGAAGGCUCUAUGGAGGGUCUUCAAUCAAGUGUGACUACGUAAAUGUGCCCACCACUGUCUUCACUCCCUUGGAAUAUGGAGCCUGUGGUUACUCGGAAGAAAAAGCUAUAGAAAAACAUGGCAUGGAGAACGUGGAGGUCUAUCACAGUUACUUCUGGCCUCUGGAGUGGACUGUUCCAUCAAGGGAUAACAAUAAAUGUUAUGCCAAGAUUAUCUGCAACAAGCAAGAUCAUAAUCGGGUAAUAGGCUUCCACGUGUUAGGUCCGAAUGCAGGAGAAAUUACGCAGGGGUUUGGAGCUGCAAUGAAAUGUGGAAUGACCAAGGAGCAGUUGGAUAGUACAAUAGGAAUUCACCCAGUCUGUGCGGAGAUAUUCACCACACUAUCGGUCACUAAGCAGUCUGGUGAAAAUGUCCAACAGUCUGGUUGCUGAGGUUAAAUCCCUGCCGUUGUCACUGUUGCCGUAAUGGAUCACUUUGUCUCCUCGAAUAACACCAGUCAGAUCUGGAAACCCCUCCCAUCAAUCCUGCUAAGACCCUACCCUUCCUCCCUGUUCCACUCCAUUAUUGAGGGAUCUUCUGCAGAGGUGAUGUGAACUUCCAUUUGGCAACUAGUACAAUGGUGGGGUUAUUACUCGUCCACUGAAGCAAGCUGCUGCUCUGUAGGGGCAUCAACCUGGUGCUUUCAUGAAGUCCCAGCCUGGAACCAGUUUCGAAUGGAAGGCUGUGAUGGAAAAACUGCAAGCGCAGUCUAGCAAGUUCCAGCAAAUACAGACAUCAAGGGCUUCCACUAUCACUGGAGAACUCAUUAAUAGCAGACCAAAAUUAGAAACCAGAAGAGAAAAAAACCAAUUUAUAUUCUUGAAUUUUGGGUACUUUCCACUGAAGUUUCCUUUUACGUAAUUUUUCAAUUUCACUCUGUUCACGUCCUUUGGUUUGAGUGAACUUUUUAGAUAUCAUGUUUACUAUUGAAGCUGAAUAUAUUUAUUCUAGUUCUCUUUAACAUUGCAUUCAGUGUAAAAAGGCUGAAAUUUUGUCUUGGGCAAUUCGUUGAUAGCCAACCUAUUUCAUGCUGCCUUUCAGGCAACUUGUUUUGCACUCUCAGCCCAGUUAUCAGUUCACUGUCGCCCACGGCACUAAUUUCAACCCCGACAUUCAUAGAUGUUGGGCAUUAGUGGUUCACAGCGAGUCAGUUUAUCCCUAAAAACAUCUCUUCACUCAGAUUCCAAGGUGAAGACUCCAAGAUGCUGUGCUUGCUUGUAGAUCUCUUAAUAUGCCAGGUUCGUGGUCCCUUUUUCUCCACCUCCCUAGAAUAAAAAUUGUAUGGAUCCAUAUUUAGCACAACACAAAGCCCUGCCUUCUAGAAUAAAAUGAUGGGCUCUUUUGGGGGUGAAAUUAAAGGUCAUUAAAGUGUCAUUGAAUGAGAUUGGGCUUGGCAUUGCACUUGAGUGUUUGUGCAAGUAGUAGUUUUGGUUCAUGCUUGUGCUAAGGUUUUGGUGUAAAUCUGGAGCAAAGCAAGACUUUUGAGGUGGUGAAUCUAGCAUCACUGUGCUUUGACCCAAGAUUCAGUCAGGCUCUGACUUUAAACAGCAACUUUUAUUGUGCGUGUGUGUAAACUACUUGCUGCACUGCUGCUGUUGGCGUAGCCUCUGACUUGAGGCUGCAGUCUUGAAUUCCUCAGUCUCUGGGCUCAAGAGCCAAGGAGCAAAGAGAAUGAAAUGCCCUGCGGCCAAAAUACUUGCUGAAGCAUCAGGCUGAGUACAGUUGCAGCCUAGAUUUAGACCUGUCACAGCUUAUUGGAGAAACUUUUGAGAAAAGCUAUUUCUUGAACCCCAAGUUGGAAUAAUUAAUGCCCCUAACUCCUGCAUUGGACAAACCUUAGUCUUUAGAUUAUUGUAGCCAUUAUAGUUCCAAGCACUGACUAGCCUUAAUACUUGGUGUUUGACUGUUCUGGAAGCACAUAAAUCUGUAAACCAGUGUUGGCUGCCCAAUGGGAGUACUGGUUACACCUUGAACAAGGAAUGUUGACCUUAUUAGAGUAACUUGUGCCUGCUUGCAGCACUCAAGUUUACACGAAUUUUACAUACUAAUGGUGACAGAUUAAUACUGUAUAUUUGCAUCAAAAGUCACUGCUUAGACAAUGCAGAAGAAUUGAAUUAUUUCUGUUACAGAUUUGAAUUGAGUGAUUUUGACUUUUUAAAAAGGUUAUACCCAAUUCUUUUGCUUUAAUUGUAUCUCUUUUCUACGUCUGCCUCUGUUCCAUAUUCAUGCAUAUAAUUUAAAUGUUCCUGAUGUGCUGUUUUACAAAACAAAUUGACUUGCAUAUUAAAGAAGAAUCAAAUGUU